AUAGGGUUCUGAUGGCAGCAUAAUUCAUGUGCAACAGGGGUGGGCAAACUUUUUACCACGUAACAGUCCACCUGGAAUUAUUGUAUCUGUAAAAGUGUCAUGCAGUCUGCUUUAUGUGCUUGUGUCCCUUUUUUUCAGGAGCACUUUGUAAACAGCAGACCACAUCAAAUAACCAAGUUGAUCUAAACCAUCAAAAGUUUGGCUCAAGCCAUGAUGCCAGGUUGCAUGUAAAGUUUCAAUGAAACACUUGGGAAAGGGAAAGAAUGGGGGGGCCGUAUUUAAACACUUGGUGGGCCGGAUGUGGCCCCCGGGCCGUAGUUUGCCCACCCCUGAUGUACAAUAAUCUCUCUCUCAUUGCAGUUCAUUGUUUCCAGACCUGACCAUGAGAGGAUUCUUUAUAAGUUGAAUAUUUUCAUAGUUGGCAUAGAAGACCUGUUUACAACCUUUCAUAUACUUCAAAAGAUUAUUCAAGCUCUUUAGACAUCCCUAUAGCCACCUGUAAACUUGUAUUACCCAAUCUAGUAGACAUUCAUUCAUUCAUUUUGGGUUGCAAGCCUAUCCCAGCUGUCUUUGGGCGAGAGGCGGGGUACACCCUGGACUGGUGGCCAGCCAAUCACUGGGCACAUAUAGACAAACAACCAUUCACACUCACAUUCAUACCUAUGGACAAUUUGGAGUCGCCAAUUAACCUAGCAUGUUUUUGGAACGUGGGGGGAAACCGGAGAAAACCCACAUGCAAACUCCGCACAGGGGUGCCCGAGGAUGGAAUCAAACUUGGGUCUCCUUGCUGUGUGGCCUGCGCACUAAACACUUGGGAGCCGUGCAGCAAUCUAGAAGACAUAAUAAUGUAAAAAUUUGGAAAGUUCCUUCUUGUUCCAGUUUCUGGACAGUUACUCCUGCGCUAGCUAUUGUCACACCAAUGUAACAAUACUGAAACCUAGUGACCAGUGUAGUAUACUGCAUAUCACAACAUGUUUUCUUAAUACCUUAAACAGUAUUUUAUGAUUGAAAAUCCUUGAAUUUAGGCCAAAAAUACUUAAAUAUACUUAUGUCUGACUACUUCUAUGCGCGAUAGGGAGUUUUAUGAUCUGUGAGUCAUGAAUGUUGUCGGCUAGCAUUUUCCACACAAAACAUUCAGAUGCAUAAUGCAACUUUAUUGUUGGAUUUUAUUACAGUGUCAUAUAGAAUCUAUGAUAAUAAUAAUUGAGUGACUGUUGGCAUGAGCACUUGCUACAUUUCCACACAUAUCCACAGAUAUCGGGAUAGGAGGUGCAUCCCUGCCGGAAAGAUUACCAGGAAUUUGCCAGUAUUUCCACAAACUGCAACCUACAGUAGGUGGUAUGUGUGUCAGAAAAAUUCCAAGACUAAUCUUUGAUGUCAGGGCCAUUGUCCACUACGAGUUGUUGUAACAUCAGUCCUGGAACUUGUCUGGCACUUCUUAUGAUUCCAUAAAACCUGAAUAAUCUGCAGUUUGCUGCUUGGACUUUGUUUUUACAUCUGAUAAAAGUAGAAAAUAAAUCAUUGCAAGCGAGAGAAUCAACAUUAUGACAUCACUUGUAAUGUUCUUUGCCCGCCAGUGGAUUAUGCUGACCGUCCAGAAGCGGGUCAGGGUUGGAUGAUACAAGCUCUUCGCUGGAGCAACCAUCCCCGGUCCGGCAUUAUAUUUAGUGAAUCAUGGGAUUGCCGCUAGAGCCAAGUGUUGUAAUCCAGGUCAGCCGGUGUCACGACCCCUGAGCCGAGUGUUCUGAAUGCAACCGAGAGCGACCGCCUUCUUCCGAUGGUCAGGAUGGAGAGCCGGGACGAGGCCGCCUCAGUGGUGAGUAGAUGUGAUUGGACAUGCUAUUUGUGUUCACUGUGCUUAAGCAGAUAAACGAAGCCAAUUAGCGAAGAAGAGCACGCUCAGCAGGAAAAUGAGACAGGCGGCCGGCCAUUAUCCUUUGGCGCUGGUGUCAUGGCGGCAAAUGACAACUCUAGUGAACGUACACUACCGCUCAAAAGUCUGGGAUCACUUGGAAAUGUUUUUUGUCCAGUCUGAGAUAUGGCUUUUUCUUGGCAGUCCUGCUAUGAAGUCCAGCAUCCUGAAGUCGCCGCUUCACUGUUGAUACUGACACUGGUGUUUGAUGGCUACUAUUUAGUGCAGCUGUGAGGCAUCUUAAACUUAAACUACACACUCUCUUGCACAGUUGUGCAGCGUUUUUCUGUCCUUGUUAGACCCAGUUUGUGCUGCUCUCUGAAGGGAGUAGUUAACAGCAUGGUAAGAGAUUUUAGUUUUAGUUUAGAUUUUUAGAUGGCUUUUCUAAUCAUCUAUUAGCCUUAUAAAAUGAUGAACUUGGAUUAGCAGCCAUACCAGGAGAUUGAUGCAGAGGACUGACAGUUGUUGAUAGUAGGCCUCUAUGCAAAAAUGGAGAUUGUUUCUUGAAAAUUAAUUUUAAUUGUUUGUGAAAUGCAUGGAAAUUUGAAAGUGAUCCCAAACUUUUGAGUGGUAGUGUAAGUACAUGCCAUUUCCAAAGGUCUGAGAGGGGAGCCUUUUAAUCCCUAAGGAGCGCUUGUUAACUUGAACACUGGAUGGCGCCGUUUCAUCAAAUAUCAGCAUCUUCGCCAUUCACACAGUACAUUCACAUAGUCACAGCAGAAUCUGCCAUUACUCGCUAUUGAUGCAGAAUGAAAAGACAGGAUGACUGCGCAAUUUGGCUCAAGGUCAAUUCUGUAGCAAAGAAACUUGGAUAGGAUUUAGAGUAGUCAGUGUGUAGCUGUUACUGCACUGCAGAUUCACUGCAAGGGUGUCCAAACAAAGUGUUGCCCAGGUGAUAGUACGGUCUGGGGCUGCAUGAGUGCUGCUGGUAGGGUGAGCUGUGGUUCAUUGAGUGUACAAUGACACCAACUGUUGUGUUGAUCAGUGGAAAAAAGUUUUUGUUAGUAUUAUUAUUAUUGUUAUUAUUAUUCAGGAUUAUUAUUAUUAAUAAUAAUGUUAUUAAUAUCAACAUUAUUAUUAUCAUUCAUUCAUUUUCCACCGCUUUUCCUCACGAGGGUCUCGGGGGGUGCUAGAGCCUAUCCCAGCUGUCUUCGGGCGAGAGGCGGGGUACACCGUGGACUGGUGGCCAGCCAAUCACAGGGCACAUAUAGACAAACAACCAUUCACACUCACAUUCAUACCUAUGGACAGUUUGGAGUCGCCAAUUAACCUAGCAUGUUUUUGGAAUGUGGGAGGAAACCGGAGUACCCGGAGAAAACCCACGCAUGCACGGGGAGAACAUGCAAACUCCACACAGAGCUGGCCGAGGAUGGAAUUGAACCCUGGUCUCCUAGCUGUGACCAGCAUCAUGGUCUCUCACCACGUUGAGUCACCAGAAAAAACACUGCCCCUAGCAAUUUGGAGGAUCAUGAAAGGCUUUUGAAAGCAUAGUGACGACACAGAAGCAGAAACCAGCUGGAGCUACAGCAGGGGGGUAAAAGAGCUGCACGUAAAAGCACCACCAACUAGCACAACAUAAGUGACUUAUAACGUCAUAAAUACCUGGAAUAGUUUACUAGAAAUGUUGCUAUGGAAUAAAAAUACUGUAAACUAGAGUAAAGUUACAAAUUAAAUGAUGUGAAUGAACCACAGAUGGCCGUUUCCACGGUGAUGCAAAUUGGUUAGACUCUUAAUUACAUCAGUCAGACAAGUAUUUGGUUGCGAGGUUCUUUUUUUCAAAUGGAAAUAUUACACCUGAACGUCACCCUGUGCAUAAGAAGCACCAUGUUGCAGCAAACGCAGCCUGUUUUUUUGUCAGCUACUCAUCAUAGAAAAUAUGAAUAUCACACAAUAAGAGGAUUUUUUUCUCACAGGAAACGCUGCAUUCAGUUCAAAUGAAGCAACUAUCGCCUCAGUGUGUUUUCAUUCAAGAUGGUGUUAUGUUAACAAUUUCCCAUGAUAACUUUAAUGGUAACUUGAGCAAUACUCAUUUAUACGUCCUACCGGCAAUCAAAAGCUGAUGUUUCUUUGUAGUAAACAAGGCGAGCGUGUUAAGGAACAAAAUGAUUACUCAUUCAAACACAGCACAACUUUUGUUUUGACUCCCAUUUUUUUCAUUUCUGCAGAUAGUAUUGUUGAUCUAAAUGUCCUUACAUGCUAAACAGAUUUGCUCUGCUGGGUUCUAUGAAAUUUUAUUUGGCUUUAUUUGAUGUUUUUGUUGUGCGAAUUUGGAGCGGCCGGGCUGGAGCAAGAAGGGACACAGAAAAGAAGAAGAAAAACUGGGGGAGGGGAGUGGCGGGUGACAGUAGAGAGAGAGACAAAAACAGUAGCAACAACAAUUCCCAUGACAACAACAGUGACUAACAGGACUGCACCAGUUAAAUGUCAAUGAUGGCUAAGGGUCACAAUGGAGAUGAUAUCACUGAAAUGAAACAGUGGCAAUAGUAACAAUGAGGACACAAACCAUGAUAGUAAACAGAAUUAUAGAGAUACAGUUGCAGUAACUACAAUCGUAGUGCUUGACAUCAUUAUUACUGUGAUAAUAGGAUACCAAUAGCAUAAAGUCGUCAUUGAUAAGAUGGCGGAUUGUCACUAAUUGUCACUGAGAAUGUACAAAAGGAGAGGCACUGCCUCCUACCACCCAGUAAACCCCGCCCCACACAGCCAGGUCAAGCUCCCACUGCCAGAGGACCACCACCCCCGUGGGUACGUGCAAAGCCAAGGUCUCCCCCGCCCCUGAAGAGACCAGCAAGGGGGCAUGGAGAAGCAAUCCCGACCAGCAACAGGGAACUAGCAGGCCGGAUACCGGCAAGUGACCACACCCCACUAGGGCAGAAGGUCAUCGAGGGCCACACACCAGCGGACACAGGGGGAUCCUGCCCACGCUGCUCCCUAAUAGACAGAUUUGUGACCCUUUUGUGUACAUCCAAAAAGUAUCUAGUAUUAUUCAUUUUCUACCGCUUAUCCUCACAAGAGUCCCAGGGGUGCUGGAGCCUAUCCCAGCUGUCUUUGGGCAAGAGGCGGGGUACACCCUGGACUGGUGGCGAGCCAAUCACAGGGCACAUAUAGACAAACAACCAUUCACACUCACAUUCAUACCUAUGGACUAUUUGGAGUCGCCAAUUAACCUAGCAUGUUUUUGGAAUGUGGGAGGAAACCGGAGUACCUGGAGAAAACCCACGCAUGCACGGGGAGAACAUGCAAACUCCACACAGAGAUGUCCGAGGGUGGAAUCAAACUCGGGUGUCCUAGUUGUGUGGCCUGCACGCUAUCCACUCGUCCGCCGUGCAGCCCGUGGGAAGGAAAACAGACAAGCAGGAAUAUUUUCACUGUUAUGCAACAUUCCCCACAAAGGGAAAGUGUCAAAAUGUUGUCCACAUCCUGCCAAGAUGCAUUUAUUUGUUAUGUCAGGGCCGUCCCUUCCUGCUCUUUUCAACAUUCAAGAUUCACGGCUAACUUUUUAAUCCCCCAAUAAGGCCAAGAGUUUGUUAAAUACAUUUCUUAUGAACUCUUUCAUCAUUAGCAGCAUCAUGCAAUGCAAUACAGUAGUGGUGAGACACUGUCUAUAGCUGUAGGAUCUCAGUGUGUCACAUUUUGGGGAUGUGUGCAGGCAUGUCAGGUUUUGUUGCGCACCCUGCUUUUCUUUCACAUCCUGGGAAAAUCCACAUAAUUCAUUUUCCAACCUGGGCUUCCCACCAGCCAGCAUCUGCAGACUUCCACUGAGUGAGCGUAAUUUAGGAAGCAACCCGAUCUCCAUUAACCAAACAUUGGCACAGUGGUGUUCUAAUCGUGUUUUUGGUCAAUUAUAGAAACAGAGACACUGGCAACAGGAAACGAGGCACAACUCAAUUACUUCCGAUCAUUUCUAUUCAAAUGCUUUUUUUUUUUUGUACUGUUGAAUUGUGUUGUGCCUCUGCUUUCUAUUUGCUUGUGGUGAAAAGCAAACAAUAAGAAAAACAUGCAUGGACAGGCUUCACAGGGAAACCUUAUAACAUCCCGAAUAAAUGAUGUUUGAGAGUUGAACUUGACUUUUUUGUAUGAUCACGGACAAUUUUCGCCACAGUUUUGUCUCUGUUUGGGCUAUAUAUUCCAUGAAAUCGAGGGCCCAAACAUAGAAGGCUACUCUAUAUGCUUUGUUGACUGAUCAUUCGUGCAUUUGUUUUUUUUUAAAUUGAGUACAACUGCUAAAUAACACGCCACAGGGCCAAAAAAAAAAAGUUGCGAGCACAAUUAAUUGGCCAGCAAGAUAAAUUCCAUCCAUUCAUUAUUUGUAAUUAUUUCACAUUGUUUUCUGCAUGGAAAAUUAUAAUUACAAAAAAUUAAUUUAAAAAAUAAUUUGGGGGUAUGGAACCGAUGAAUAAGAUUUACAUAAUAUCCUGUGAGAAAAAUUAAUUUUGUAACAAAUUAACAACAAAAAGCGAGGCAUCAGUGGAUUUGCCUGUAGUAUUUGUUUACAUACAACCUGCCUUAUACCCAUCCAUCUUCUAUGCCGCUUAUCCUCACUAGGGUCGUGGGUACACGGGUAUUUCAUUUAGUCAUUUUUAUGCUUGGAAAUGUUUAGUAUUGGCCAAAAAUAUGUAACAUUAGUAGAAAUUAGGGCUGUCAAUCGAUUCAAAUAUUUGAUCAUGAUUAAUCACAUUUUCUGUCCAUAGUUAACUCACAAUUAAUCACAUUUAAUUGCAGAUGGAAAUAGGUUUUUAUUUAUAAUAAGUAGGGGGGAAUCUCUUUGUGGUAAACGGUUCAAUGUGCAACUAUAACAAUUACAUUUAUAAUUGUAUAUCAAUUUGGGAACUUUGGGCAAUUAUUUUUUAAAAAUACAGUCAGCAAACAUAUUUUUGUAUUACUAUUUUUCUUUAUUAUUAGCAUAUUAGUGCUUAAACUCACCCACAAACGUUCAGCAAAUACAAAAUGUGAGCAAGUGAGACCUCUCACACUAGCAUGUUUUUGUUUAUUUGUGUCAGCUCAAAAUAAGAUUAGUUUAUUUAGUACUGGUACUGGUUUUAAAUUCGAAAUGUUUGUGAAUAAAAAGCCUAUUUAGUAACAUUCAGAAAGGACUAUUAUUAAAGAAUUGCCUCAAUGCACCUUUCCUUCAUGAAAUGUACACAUGAAAAUACCUCAAACAUAGGGCAAAACAUGUCAUCCAAAUUGUCAUUUCAUUUCUCUUUUAAAACACAUUGAAAUACAUAGAAAUUAAUCAUUAUACUACAGUAAAUAUUAUUUUAUUACAAUAUCCUAACUAUUUCCACAGUUUUUGAAUGUUUAAUGCGAUUUACGAUUUGUCCAACUUUUUCUACGGUGAUUGAACGCACCGAUUCUCCGUUCUCCGAUGCAAAUAGGGCUGUCUGGAUGUAUUUUACCCCUUUUUCUUUCUCCUCAUACUUGCUCCCGAAUGCUGAUAGUAUGUGGGAAUGCAUAAAAGGUAAGAUUUGAUGAGCUUGAGUGCUAAUGUGUAUUAUUCUGGUAGUUCCAUGAUAAAUGGCUAAUGCUAGCAAAACACUGGACUUCAGUCACGGUCUUCACAUCAGCCCGUCAAUAGAAGCUGUAACUCCAAUUUAGCUAGCUAGUUCAAUGCAAAAAUCAUCAGAGAGAUGUAAAAAUGUGAAAACUACCUGUUAGUUGAGCUACUCUUAUGCCAUGGUAGCAUUGUAUAUGACAAUAAAAACGACACCUGCUCUGCUCCAGUCUCUGGCAGGCCAUGUAAUCCGUGAUACGUCAAACACAGACAGUAGAAGCUAACUCUAGCAAUUUAAAUACUCUUUUCUUUCUCCAUUUCCCAUCAAUAGUAGUAGUUUUGUAGUUUCUUAGUAGUAGUUUGUUCCAGCUUGUGGCUACAGAGUUACAUGCUUUAAUCAAACUACGGUGGGGGCCGAGGGUCACACAGGAGAUGUUAAAGGGAACUUCCGUCAUUAACGUGUUAACUUUGACAGCCCUGGCAGAAAUACAUAUGUGUUUACUAAUAAUAGGUCUAUUCAACCACCAAACCAUAAUUUAUUAAUUCAUCUAUUUUUUGAGUGAAGCUUUCCUGCUUUCAAGAAACUACUGCAAAAAUGCCAGUCAAAGAUCCUUUAUAUAUGAAAGGAUGAUUCUGCAGUUUUCACAUGUUUCACUUCCUGUCUUUGCUUGUAUGCAGGUGUUUUUUUUGUUGUUGUUGUUUUUUGGCACAGUAUGGUCUUACUCACGGUAGGCGGAGGGAGGGAAAGGAGGAGGGGCGUCAUGAGGGUGAGAGAGAGUGUGUGGGUAGGGGAACUGCUGCCAAACAUCAUCAGUGUGUUGGUGAGCGCUGCUUUCAAACUCCAAGCUUCCUCUCAGCGUGGCUCACAUGUGCACCGCCGGAGUUCUUAACCAAAGAGGAUAACCACAGCAAGAAUGUUUUGCUGAGACCAAUCUGGUUCUGUGCGGUAUCCCAGGACACCCCCUCCCUCCAAAUGAAACCAGGACCAUCCCCUUUCCUUCCAUCGUCGUCCAGGAGCUAUCUAGAUUCCCGCUAGUGAUUGACACAUGAACACCAGCAUGGUUUCCGAUGGGCUGUGCCCCAACAUCACGUGCAACGAUGCCAUGGUGAAGGGCGACAGUAAACCGGCGACGAGCAUCAUCAUGUUCUUGGCCGGCGUGGUGGGGAACCUCCUGGCUCUCUUCAUCCUGGGCGUUCACCGAAAGGAACAUCGCUCCAGGUCGUCCGUUUUCUCCAUCCUGGUGACUGGUCUGGCCCUCACCGACCUGCUGGGCACCUGUCUCCUCAGCCCGCCUGUGUUCAUCUGCUACGCCCGCAACGUGUCCCUCAUCGGCCUGGGUGACGAGGGACUGUGUCAGCUCUUUGGUUUUGCCAUGAGCUUCUUCGGCCUGGCGCCCACCCUCAUCCUUUGCGCCAUGGCUGUGGAGCGCUGCCUGGCCAUCAGCCACCCGUACUUUUACUCUGUGUACAUCCGACGCAGUUUUGCCAAGGUCACGCUGGUCACCAUUUACCUCUUCUCCCUAGCCUUCUGCUUGCUGCCACUGGCUGGCAUCGGCAAGUUCAGGCAGUACUGCCCGGGCACGUGGUGCUUCAUCGACAUGGACGCCACGAGUGGCGCCAACGCCGAGCGGGUGCAGGCUUUCUCGCUGUCCUACUCGUCCCUCAUGGCGCUGCUCAUCCUUUCCGUGUUUGUAUGCAACGGCUCGGUGAUCGUGAGCCUCUGUCAGAUGCACCGCAGCCAGCUGAUGCGGCGAGGCUCAGUGGGCUCCGUCGGCAGGAGGAGGAAGCUUAGCCUGGCCUUGUUCGGACAGGGUGUGGAGGAGAUGGACCACCUGGUGCUGCUGGCGCUCAUCACUGUCAUCUUUGCCGUCUGCUCCCUGCCGCUGACCAUCGCAGGCUUCAUCAACGCUAUCCGCCCGUUUUGCGGCGACCACGAGAACCUGACCGCCUUCCGCUUCUAUGCCUUUAACCCCAUCGUGGACCCCUGGGUCUUCAUUAUCUGCCGCAAGUCCGUCUUCCGACACAUGCGCUCGUUACUGAGCUGCCACUUCAGCAAAGGAGCCGGCGAGAAGACGCCUGCGCACUGCGCCGUGUCCGUGCCCCUGGAAGGUCACAUCCGGAACUCAUGCAACUCAUCCGACGGGACGCAGGGUAACUUCUACUCGGGUUUGCCGGCGUCGCCCAGCAGGAGCUUGCCACCAUGCAAGUGAUGGAGGCAGCUUCAGUGGUGAGGGAUCUCCAAACCAAGGUAAACUGACUUGGACUUUAUGACUAUUCAGUAAAGAGCUUCUGCUGCAAGUCAUGUGACCAUGAAUGGCUGACGUUCUGUACACCAGCCAUGAUUGGUAUUGAAACCACUCUUCUAUCUUCCAGCAUGUGCUGGUGUACCUAAUAAAGUGGUAAGUCAGUGCAUAGUGGGUACAAUAAUACUCAUGAAUGUUUACACUUCCUUUGUUAUGAUUCUCAGCCAAAGAUGAAACGCUUUGCUCUGCUAUGAAUUUUCAGCAAGUUAGUAUUUAUAGAAGAAGAUGGUCUUUGUCUCGUCUGGUGUUCAGCCAGUGCCACCUUGUGCCCGGGCUCAAUCCACGGUCCGCAGCAUAAGAGUCGAGAAAGUUAGCCGUCAAGCUAAAACAACCAUUCACACUCGCAUUUAGAGUCUCCAGCAACCUAACAUGCAUAUUUCUGUUAAUGUGGGAGGAAAGCUGAGUAAAGAGAAAACCCACACAUGCAUGGGGAGAACAUGCUAACCACCAGAGAACCGUGCAACCUGGACAAAAACAGUCCAAACAAGUAAUCUUGUGAGAUCUUGGCUGGACUAUAACCCCGUUGAUACAAUUCCAUGAGUCAUGAGUCAAAUUUCGCAGGUUCCUGGGUUCUGCAAGAGCAGCUCAGACAAGGAGAAAGGAGAGUUGAUUUCAGGCAAUUCAAAUUCAUACAAAUGCAGACAAAACACACAGACUAGUGUUUUUUCACAGUGGAAAGCAUGCAGAAAUGAUAAAUGUGUACGAAAAAAUGCAUGGGAAGUGUGUGUGUGUGUGAGAAUUUGGCGCUCUUCAAGCUUUUUGUGACUAUUUAAGCUGCUAAAUAUAAAAAUAACCAACGUAUUCAACCCAGCAGAUGACAUUUUGGUACAGUGGAACCUUGGUGUUUGUUAGUAAUUCGCUCCAAACUGAAACAUAUAAAAACCGAGGUCAUUUUUCCCACAAGAAAUAAUGUAAAUCUACUGAUUCCACAAGAUUAACAAAAAAUACAUUUUUAAAUGGAAUGAUAAUAGGUUUACACUACCGCUCAAAAGUUUGGGAUCACUUGCAAAUGUCUUUGUUUUCCAAACAAAAACAAAUUUUCAUGCAUUUCACAAACAUUUUUAUCCAUUUCACAAACAAUUAAAAUUAGUUUUCAAAGAAGGAUCUCCAUUUUUGCAUAGAGGCCUACUAUCAACAACUGUCAGUCCUCUGCAUCAAUCUCCUGGUAUGGCUGCUAAUCCAAGUUCAUCAUUUUAUAAGGCUAAUAGAUGAUUAGAAAAGCCAUCUAAAAAUCUAAACUAAAACUAAAAUCUCUUACCAUGCUGUUAACUACUCCCUUGAGAGAGCAGCACAAACUGGGUCUAACAAGGACAGAAAAACGCUGCACAACUGUGCAAGAGAGUGUGUAGUUUAAGACAAAGAUGCCUCACAGCUGCACUAAAUAGUAGCCAUCAAACACCAGUGUCAGUAUCAACAGUGAAGCGGCGACUUCAGGAUGCUGGACUUCAUAGCAGGACUGCCAAGAAAAAGCCAGAUCUCAGACUGGACAAAAACAUUUCCAAGUCAUCCCAAACUUUGGAGCGGUAGUGUACAUUAUAAAAUAAUGCAAAAUAAUUAUAAAUGACAUUGAUGCGGACUUUCCAUAUGCCAUCAUUGUACUUUGCGAUGAGUUCUUUCUUUUUUCUCGCCUUCUUUAUCAAAUGUUGGCACUAAAAAAAAACAAAAAGCCCAGACGAUGAGUCAGUAACCUGUAGGUUGUUUUGUGUGUGUACUCGAUUCCACGGAACAAUAUGGUAAAGGGAAAGUUUUUUGAACAAGAAAACAAACCAUACAAAACCUGUGCGUACAAAAUAGUACAAAACAGCAAAAGUUGUCCAUGUUCUUACAUUUUGAAUUUGUUGUUUUCUGCACAGCCUUUAGUGCCAUGAGACAACAAUUUUGUAUUUUUGAUCCGUACCUGAGCACCCAGCCACAGCAUUUUAUGUGCACAUUAUUUUCAUUGAAACCCCAUUGUUGAGUAUGGCUGUCGCAAAUGUAUUUAUGCCUCCUCGUCCGUCCUGUCGUGUGCUGCACAUUCACUUUCUCUAUUGAGACUCAUCCGUGCAUAACACCAACCCAUGUACUUGUUGUUACCUGCACAUUGUGGGGCUCAUUGAGAUGGGAUUCCAAUCGAAUUGAUGUAAGAUUUUAUUUUUUUUGUAAGUGUUAAUAUAUAUUAAAUUGCACUGUACACUUUUUAAUGUGAAAUGAACCAAGGAAAACAUGAAUUGUAAUGCAUGUGUGAAGUGUAAAUGUU